AUGGCCAAUCCAGUAAAGAAAAUUUUGUUAACCUCCAGUGGCGAUGAGGUUUCCAUCAACAUCGCCCGCCAUUUAGCCCAGCGUGGUUGCAGGUUGGUUUUGAUGGGAGAUGAGGAGCGAUUGAGGAUUGCGGCGGACGAGAUCGGGCGAUCCUUGAACGGCGUCGUUUCGAUCGAGGUAAUUGGGCUGGAUAUGGAAGAAGAAAGAGAGGCGAUUUUCAGUGAAGCUGUGGAGAGGGCAAGGCGCGUGUUGGGAAGUCUGGACGCUUUGGUCAACUGCUAUUCCUAUGAAGGAAAGAUGCAAGAUCCUUUGUCUUUAUCCGAAAAUGAGUUCAAAAAGAUUGUCAAAACCAACUUUAUGGCUGCGUGGUAUCUCUUAAAAGCUGUGGGCAAAGCAAUGAGGGACCAGAAAUCUGGAGGUUCUAUUGUAUUCUUGACUUCAAUAUUGGGGGCUGAAAGAGGAUUGUAUCCAGGAUCAGCAGCAUACGGUUCGUGUUUGGCUGGUAUACAGCAGCUAGUAAGGACAUCGGCUAUGGAAAUCGGUAAAUACCAGAUAAGGGUUAAUGCAAUAGCUCGAGGUUUGCAUCUCCACGACGAGUUCCCCUUGUCUGUGGGGACGGAGAGGGCCCAAAAGUUGGUACGCGAAGCUACACCUUUACACAGGUGGCUUGAUGUUGAAAAUGAUUUGGCCUCGACUGUUAUAUAUUUGAUCAGUGACGGCUCAAAAUACAUGACAGGGACAACUAUUUACGUUGAUGGUGGCCAGUCCUUAGUGAGGCCUCGAAUGAGAUCAUAUAUGUGA